GUGAAUCAGGCAAGGAGUUAGAGAACAGUAGCAUCACAGAGUUAGGCACUAACAGCUCUUGUUUCUAGCUGUCUUAUCUCAACUAGCUGACAAUUCAAGCAAACCUCCUGUGAAAACAAAGCAGCACUGAAGUAAAGCAGCAGCAAAAGGGAAUGAAGUCAGCAUUUGUGAGGUGCACUUAUUUAAUAUUUACUGAAUCCUGAUACUAGGAGCUGUUUUGGCAGAUAACUGGCUACAUCUGCACCUAGGAGACAUCGAGUCCUGAGAAGAGGAGAAAAGACUAAGGAGACAAUCUGCCUACACGUGAGGUUUCUUCUGCAAAUAAGUGUAGUGUAACAGCAGACUGCUGGAGGUUCUAUUCUGAUUCUCUGCAAGGACAGCCCUAUUUAACUGAUGGAAUAGAGGGGAUGUUUUUUGAAAAGAUCUAGGAAAGCAGCAAUAAAAAUCCACUUGGUAAGGUAUUGUAAAAGGGAGACACAUUGUUUUGUAAAAGAAUAAAGUUCUUUAAAAGAAGUUAAAAGCAGGACCAGGAAUCAACAGAAAGGAACAACAAAACCACUUCAUCUGUGAGACCCAGUCAUAAUCCUAGCAAGAAAUCUUCAAAAUCUACAGAGGGGGAAAUGCUCUUCUUCAUAGUGUUCGGUGUGGCUCUGCUUCAGUGUGGCUUCCUCAGAGAAGGCUUUGCAGCAUCUUUCUCCCAGCAACCUGUGGAUCGAGAUAUUAUCUCUGGGCAGUCAGUGACAUUGCCAUGUGUUGUGGUAGGAUAUAAAGGCAUUGUACAGUGGACAAAGGAUGGACUAGCCCUUGGUGGAGAACGUGAUUUGCCAGGCUGGUCCCGGUACUCUAUCACAGGUGAUGGCUCUUCUGGAGAGUAUAACCUUCGCAUUGAAUCAGCUGAGCUUGAGGAUGAUGCAGUAUAUGAGUGUCAGGCAACGCAAGCAGCACUCCGAUCCCAGAAGGCAAAACUGAAUGUUUUAAUACCACCUGGUGAGCCUGUAAUUGAGAAUGGUCCUGUCGUGAAACUAAAGGCAGACACACCAUAUAAUCUAACCUGCAAGGCACCGGGGGCCAAACCCGCUGCUGAAAUUACUUGGUACCGGGAUGGGGAACGGCAAGAUACAGCCAUCUAUUCUAAAGAAGUCAUGCCAGAUGGGAAAAGGGAGAAUGCAGUGAGCAUGCUUCUCAUCACACCAACAAGUAAGGACAGCGAGCGACAGUUUAUAUGUAACGUGACUAACCGUGCUGCACCCGCUGGCAAACAAACAAAAGUUACACUUAAUGUGCUGCAUCCACCUACAGUUACUCUUUCUGUCCAGCCACAAACUGUUUUAGAAGGCGUGAGAGUUAAGUUUCUGUGCACAGCAAGGGCUAAUCCUGAGGUUACUGGAUUCAGGUGGGCAAAAGGUGGAGUUCCAAUUCCAGAGGCAAACGGAGACAGCUAUGAAGCAGUGGUCGACCACACUUUCUUCACUGAGCCAGUGUCUUGUGAGGUCAGCAAUAUCGUAGGCAGCACAAACAUCAGCACCCUUGUGGAUGUUCACUUUGGGCCACGACUGAUUUCUGAGCCAAAGCCUCUCACUGUAGAUGUUGGCAAUGAUGCUGGAUUUACAUGCAACUGGGCAGGAAAUCCACCACUUACACUGGCAUGGACCAAGAAAGGAUCGAGUGUGGUUCUAAGCAAUGGCAAUACCUUGCAGCUGAAGUCUGUGACACAAGAAGAUGCUGGAAUUUACAUCUGCAAGGCAAUUGUUCCCCGAAUCGGUGUGGCAGAGAAAGAGGUGACUCUAACUGUGAAUGGUCCUCCUAUCAUAACUGCUAGCCCUACUCAAUAUGCAGGCGAGGGUGACAAAGCACGGAUAGCGUGUCAUGUGAGAAGUACUCCAGCCCCAGAGAAAAUCGUCUGGAUAUGGGGUGAAAACACUUUGGACGCUGGUUCUUCAGGGCGCUUCACUGUAAAUACUGUCAGCACAGAUGGUGGUGUAACAUCAGAUCUGAUCAUUAGUGAGACACGAGAAAAGGACUUCCAAGUCCAGUACAACUGCACUGCAUGGAAUCGCUUUGGACUCUACUCUGCCAUUAUCACUUUGAAAAAGGAAGAUUCCUUGCCUUUAAUGAUAAUCAUAAGCACUGCUGUGGGUGCUGGUGUUGCAAUAAUUAUAUUCCUCCUCAUUAUCAUCCUCCUGUGCUGCAGGAACUCAAAGAAAGCUGACCUGGCUAAGAAAGGAACUCGGUUGUCAAAAAGUGAUAUUCGUGUUCAGAUCGUGGACAGUGAUCACAGUUUAGCUCACAACAGUGAGGAAGAAGAUGUCAAAGAACCUAUGGCUGCAAACAGUGACUCUCCUGGUACUUCACGCACAGAACACAGCAACAUACUUGAGGAAGAAGAAGAAGAGAACCAAGAGCUGAAGGAUCCAACCAAUGGUUACUACAAUGUCCGUGCCCAUGAAGAACGUCAUGUCAGAAGUGGAUUUUCAGAGUACGUCCCUACUAAUUCAAGGCAGAUUUACACCCCUCCACAUGUCUCUCACAACACCAUAUACCCUCCAGGACAGUCCAAACUGUAUGAAUACAGCCACCGUUAUGCUUUGCCAGCAGCAGGAUGUGCAACGUAUGAUACACAUGAACGCAUCUAUCCACAGGAAACAAUCUAUGGAGGCUCCUCUUACCUUUCUGCUCCAUAUACCAGAGCCUUUAGUAACUAUGUUAAACCAUCCAACUAUGACAAAACUGAGAGCUAUGAACAUUCUGAUCAAGCUAGCAAAGUGUCAAGUUCCUCACGAUUUUCAUACACAUCCCUUUCUCAGAAUUCUGAUUAUGGACGUCCCACUCAGCAGAGAAUGCAGACUCAUGUGUGAUGCUGAAGCAGCCUUUGUUUGGGCUGAUGGUAAAUUCCUAAUCAUGACUUUUGACUUUUCAUUGUUAAGCAUGCUUGGAGUAACAAUUUAUCAUCAAAGGCCCACAAAAGGGUAAUGGUCAUUUCUGGGCUAAUGUAGACUUGUGAGUCACUGUGGUACUGUUGAGUGCUUCCUCAGAUCAUCUGAAACCUGCAACAGCUGAACCAGGUUUCGGGGGUAAGGGACAACUCUGGUAUCAAGAGCAAGUUCUACGAAGGAGCAUAGCUUGGACUGAAUGAGUAUGAUGCUUAAACACACAGGCCAGCUAUUGAUCUAAAAAGAAAAGACAGCGGCUGUGCCAAAAUAUUGUAAAUGGCUUUGGGGUACGGAUCCCAGUUGCUGAAAGCUGGAAUUCCUGCUGUGUAGAAUUUCACAGUUUUGUAAUGGGUGAAUCAUUGAGUGAAACUGAAUUCUCACUGCAAAUGUUAACAUAUAUUGUAUUUCUUUUUUCUAGAAAGAUGGGUAUAUUCUUUGCUAAGAUGUGGGGACUGUUCAUGGCCACACAUAACCUGUUGUAAUGUAUAGUUACAUUUUGCAGGUCUACUAAAUAUUUUAGUGAAUGGUAAAGAUUGGUAAGGGAGCCCUACUUUUACACACAGAGUGUUUCAGGGAGAGAGCUGUCCCUUGACACCGCUGAUGUUCUGGGUUUAGUUAGUGCAGCUGUUUUCCAUUUGUGUGGAAAGAAGAGCUGGGCACACUGGUUUGGAUUCAGAUGUGGAAAUAGCAACACAUACAGGCAGAUGUCGCCCUGUUUAGUCUGUCAAAAAGUCCAGAUUUUUCUGCACCUUCAUCCCAGCUGUAGAAUUACUGAAAGUGCAUGUCAGUAAUUUGCUGUACCCUGUUUUAUUAUGCUGCAGUGCACUUUCCUAACUCCAUCCCACUUCUUCAAAGCAGGUUAAUGUACAAUGGUGCUCCUUACGUAUGUUAUGCUAUAGGUUAAUAUACAGUGGCGCUCCUUACAUAUGUUGUGCUAUUUAAGAUGCAGAGAUUUGUUUGUUUCUUUCUUAAUUUUUUUUUCUCGGUUCUAGUCUGAAUCCCAAGUACACAACUUACUUCAGCGAAUGCACAACCAUGAUAAUCUGACAGUUAUUAGUUUGGUUUCUGAGCCAGUUACAUUAAACCUUCAAAUAUUUUAAUUUCAGCUGUUAUGUUGGGUGCUAAACUGUACAAUCUGUUGCUUAUUGUUCUGUUUCUAAUAGCUGCUUUUGGAUUUUUCACAGUGGUUUGUACCACUGGGCUCUACUAAGCUGUGACUGACUUACUAAGAGCAAAGCAGACAUGCACACUUUCUUGUAUUGAGUAUACUGCUGUUGACUUAAUUCUAAGCAAGUCAAUACAUCUUCUGUGCUUGAAAAAAUAUCAUAUUAUACUGCAUGGUAAACAGUUUUAUCAUCAUGUCAUAAAGUAUGGAAUUACCAAACAUGAAUACAUCAAUAUGUCAAUAAGGUUAAAGCUUUGAUAGUCUGAAACAUAGUGGCCAUAUUUUAGAAGAGCUUACGUUCCAGAGAGGAGUUAGUAGUUCUUCUGUCUACAUUCAUGGAGAAUACACUGCUUUGAAUGUAGGUCAAAGAAAGUGCCAUGUAGUAAAAUGCAGAAAGAUAUGCCCUCAUUUAAGAGAAUACAUUUGUUCAAUGGUCGAUGAAUAUCUCAGAGAUGCUUUCCGGAGAUAAAGUAAAAUAAAUGAAACAGUAAACAUACCUGCUUCCUGUAGACAGCAUGGUAAUAAAUCUUGAAAGUCAGGUUUAAAAUGCCAGUGAAAAACUUUUAUUUUGUUUCAGGACUGACCAUUCAGUUUUGCACCUUAAAAGAAAACUUGUAAUCAGGUAUACUUAAAAUAGUGCAUUUAAACAAAUCUCAGCUGGUGUUUGAGGUGGGACUCUAUCGGAUUUAUGUAAUUCCUGAGGGGCACAGUAACCUUGAAACUCAUGAAAUUAACUGUUCCUUUCUUUGAAAUUGUGUCAAGACUUCAAAGCCUCUCAUCAUAUGGUGACUUAAAAUUCUAAGAGCAGUUAACCAGUUAACAAACUAGCUAACCUCUUCUUUUUAAGUUAUCACUCGUAUUGUUUUGCUCCCUGCCCAAGCCUGUCCUGACUCCUGACUAUGCUGUCUAAUGCUGUGACUACCUCAAAACUUUCUUUUUUUCAUAUUAAAUACAUUCUCCUUUAAAAACUUCUAUUGAUUCACACAGUGUGGAUCUGUUGUCUUUAUUUGAUAUUUAGAACUGCAUUGGCCGGAUUCAUGAAAGUCUAAGUAUACACUGUCUGUAUUCAAGAAUAUCCCUUCCAAAUUGUUUGUGCUGUCUAUUCACUCAGAAAGAUUACACUAAGUGUAGAUGUAGUCUAUAUAUUGUGGUAACCUUUAUGAAUCCCCCUUCAUUCUUAAAGUUGCAAGAAAAUCAGUAGGAGCACUAAAAUUAGGAAGAAAAAAGGUGGGAGUUAUGCCUGCGUUGUCUAUUCACUCAGAAUGAUUCGGGAAUCCAGGCUUAUGUCUUAUUAAUGGUAUUACUGCUACUGUCAUUUUUAUUAUAAACUUUUAGACAAGGAAAAGUGUAUCGUCCGACUCUUGCAUCUCAUUAUAUGUCACAUUAUGUGACUUCCUUAAUCUAUAUCUCAUUAUAAUAACCUUCUCAGCAAAAGGUAGAGGCUUACUCUUAAAGUUGUUCAAAUUCUUUCUAGUCGUCAUGUGUAGCAGACAGAUGCAAGUUGUUAUGCCGAAAAAGCGGGUUGAAAGACGUUAUGUUUUUUCAGUUAUACUGCACUGAUGGAAGUCACAGUCUUCCCAUUAUUCACGUCCCACAUGCCUGCAACAGCUACUGGGUUCAGUCAUGGUCACGUGUGGCUUAAAUUCGGAUUCAGAAAAUCCCAACUUUGCCAUCCCUGAAAAUUACAGCACUCCACUUGUACAGUCUGAAGAUUUAAUGCUUGGUGAAAAACAUUUGUUUAGAUGGUAGUCGCAAAAACAGUUUGCAACAUUAGAGUGCUAACUUGCAAUUACAUCAUUUGUUGGGACUGUGACAGUCACUUCCUAAAGCUUUAUGUAUUCUGCUUUUUUCAUUUACCCUGUACCUGUCCAGCUGUAGAGCCAGUUGUUGGUAAACUUUUCUGUUGCAUUUCAUUAGUUGUCCAUACUAACUACAUAACCCUUAUGUGGCCUUUCUGAGUUUGCACACCACUGUUCAUCUAACAUGACUUUGUUAACCUUGUUAUAGUUCAUACAGAUCCCUGUCAUCUGCUAGGGUCUUUAAAUUGCUUAAGGUGAUUAUUGAGAAAUACUUUCCUUUUUUUCAUAGUAACUUUAUUCAUACUCCAAAUGUAUCCAGAAUUAGGUUUAGAACUGUAUAAUGAAAGACUUGCACUUUGCUCUGUAGUGCUUUAAGUGAAAUGAUGUCAUUUAUUGCUCAUUACAGUAAUAGAUUUCUGAUUUUUCCCCCAGUUUAAUGCUUUUGAGGAAAGCCUUACUAAUGAGAGGUGUUUGCUUUCAAAUGUAGCCUAGUGGUAAUGAUGAAGUAAAGUAACUUCUGUGUGCUGAGCAGUAUCCAUGUGGCGGGUCAUGUAGACAUAUAAUAGAUGCUUCAGUAGGUCACCGUCUGGGAUAGUGCAACUAUUCCUGGCAAAGUCAGUUUUCACUCU